GAGGAGAGGAAGGCGAUGCGAUGGACGGGCGCGCCUGUUUAGGUUGACUUUCGGGGGCGAGGUCGAGCCAGGGCCAGGGGCGGCUGCCCUGGGGGCGGGACGACCCCUUCUCUUUCGUCUCUUCCUCCACCUCGAGGAGAGGAGCCUCAGAUGAAAGAAACUAUCAUGAACCAGGAAAAACUCGCCAAAUUGCAGGCACAAGUGCGCAUUGGUGGGAAAGGAACUGCUCGCAGGAAGAAGAAGGUGGUUCAUAGAACAGCUACAGCAGAUGAUAAAAAACUUCAGUUCUCAUUAAAGAAGUUAGGGGUAAACAAUAUCUCUGGUAUUGAAGAGGUGAAUAUGUUUACAAACCAAGGAACAGUGAUCCACUUCAACAACCCAAAAGUUCAGGCAUCUCUGGCAGCAAACACUUUCACCAUUACAGGCCAUGCUGAGACGAAACAGCUGACAGAAAUGCUGCCCAGCAUCUUGAACCAGCUCGGUGCAGAGAGUAUCACAGAAAUACGCAAGUUACAUUUCUGUUUCCUUUUCACAGCUGUGGAUGGAAAAGCACCACUUGCUACUGGAGAGGAUGAUGAUGAUGAAGUUCCAGAUCUUGUGGAGAAUUUUGAUGAGGCUUCUAAGAAUGAGGCAAACUGAAUUGAGUCUGCUUCUGAAGAAGAUACAACUUGGAAGGAGUUACUGGGAGCUGCUAUUUUAUAUUAUGACUGCUUUUUAAAAUUGUUUUUUUGUUUAUGGAUCUGAUAAAAUCUAGAUCUCUAAUGUUUUUAAGCCCAAGCCUCUUGGACACUGCAGCUCUUUUCAGUUUUUGCUUACAUAUAAUUCAUUCUUUGCAGGCAAUUAAUGAAGAAGCCUGGGAAUAAAGUUUGAAACAAAGAUUAAUAAAAUUCUUUGCCUAGUA